AUGUCCUCCACAAGACCAAACACUCACUGUUAUGUUGUCUACCUGCCCUACAUUGAGAAGGGCAGGGCUCGUCCUUUUCGCGUUUCAGAGGACGCAGACGUCCAAGACCUCAUACUGUACCCAUCUGUAUGGGUACAACCAGCUGGAUGUGGUAGUCUUGAGAGGAAGCCGCUCGAAUCACUUUAUGGCCGUGCCUUAGACUGGCUUCGUGGACACGCAGGUGAUGGUGGAGAAAAAACGCCUUUGGAUCCUGCAGACCGUCUGAACGAGUAUUUCCCUGAGGGACCUACCUCGGAGCAUGAGAAGAUGAUUUGGCCGGUUCCUCGCAAGUUUGACUAA